AUGUCUUCCUACGCAAUCACAGGAGCCUCGCGAGGUAUUGGGUGGGCAUUUCUUUCCAACCUCUCAAGCAACCCGGCCAACACCGUCAUUGCGCUCGUCCGCAACAAAGACGGAACCGAGAAGCGCGUCGCUGAAGAACUCAGUGGCCGCACCAACAUCCACGUAGUCCAGGCCGACCUGGACGCCUACAGUAGCCUGGAAGCUGCAACCGCCGAGACAUCAAAGAUCACCGGGGGAAGGCUUGACUAUCUCAUUGCCAAUGCUGCAUACCUCACGACCUACGACCAGUUUGACUCUCUUAGUACUCUGGGCAAAGACCCAGUCACCCUCGAAGAGAACUUGCUCGCCAGCUUCAGAACCAACACCGUCGCGCAGAUCCAUCUUUUUAACCUCUUCAUUCCCUUGAUCCUCCGCGGCACAGCGAAGAAGGUCAUCGCCAUCUCUAGCGGCCAUGCAGACGUCGAGCUUGUCACUAGUCUCAACCUGGCCACUGCCCCCGUCUACACAAUCAGCAAGGUCGCGCUCAACAUGGCGGUUGCCAAAUUCAGCGCCCAGUUCAGUGCCGACGGAGUGCUCUUCCUCAGUGUCUGCCCUGGUAUGGUGAAUACGGGACUUUUUGAGCAGUUGACCGAAGAACAGUUCGCCGGGGCGGCGGCAAUGCUGAAGAAGUUUCAGGAGUACUCGCCUACCUUUAACGGACCGAGACAGCCUGCUGAUUCGGUGAAGGACGUGCUUGAUGUUAUCCAUAAUGCAACUGUUGAGAAGAAUGCGGGCGGGUUCUUAUCCCACAAGGGCGACCGCAAAUGGCUUUGA